GGCUGCUUUGUAGCGGGGCCGGCCAUAUUUUCUCUGAGACAGCAGAAAUCUGCCCGGCAGAUAAGGUACCCGGUAAACGAACAGAGCUCUCCGCGUUAAGUAAGGAGGAAAACUUUCCGAGGACUUUCUCAAACUAGUUAUCGGCUUGAAUGCAGUGCCACUCUCUUCGCCAAACUGUCGGACAUGUCAGGACCAGUUCCUAGUCGGGCACGGGUGUACACUGAAGUGAACACUCAUCGGCCCCGAGAGUAUUGGGAUUAUGAGUCCCAUGUAGUUGAAUGGGGAAAUCAAGACGACUUCCAGCUGGUGCGAAAAUUGGGACGGGGCAAGUACAGUGAAGUGUUUGAAGCAAUUAACAUCACAAAUAAUGAGAAAGUAGUAGUGAAAAUACUCAAGCCUGUGAAGAAGAAGAAAAUAAAACGUGAAAUCAAAAUUCUGGAGAACCUCCGUGGAGGACCUAACAUAAUCUCUCUCAUCGACAUUGUCAAAGACCCUGUGUCACGGACACCUGCUUUGGUAUUUGAACAUGUCAACAACACAGAUUUCAAGCAAUUGUACCAGACCUUAACGGACUACGACAUCCGGUUUUAUAUGUAUGAGAUUCUCAAGGCCUUAGAUUACUGUCACAGUAUGGGAAUCAUGCACAGAGAUGUGAAACCCCACAACGUAAUGAUCGAUCAUGAGCAUAGAAAGUUAAGGCUUAUUGACUGGGGUCUGGCGGAGUUCUACCACCCUGGACAGGAGUACAAUGUCAGGGUGGCAUCUCGCUACUUCAAAGGGCCAGAGCUGCUUGUCGACUACCAGAUGUAUGAUUACAGCCUUGACAUGUGGAGUCUUGGCUGUAUGUUGGCGAGCAUGAUCUUCAGGAAGGAGCCGUUCUUCCAUGGUCAUGAUAACUAUGACCAGUUGGUGAGAAUAGCCAAAGUCCUUGGAACAGAAGACCUUUAUGACUACAUUGACAAAUAUAACAUUGAACUGGAGCCGAGGUUCAAUGAUAUUUUAGGAAGGCAUUCCCGCAAGCGAUGGGAGAGGUUUGUCCACAGUGAGAAUCAGCACCUGGUCAGCCCAGAGGCCCUGGACUUCCUGGACAAGCUGCUGCGAUACGACCACCAGGCCCGGCUGACCGCCCGGGAGGCCAUGGAGCACCCUUACUUCUAUCCAAUCGUGAAAGACCAGACUCGAAUGGGUGCUUCGACCAACCUGCCGAGUGGAAACACACCUGUGAGCUCAGCCAGCAUGAUAACAGGGAUCCCCGCCUUGCCAACAGCUUCUCCCCUGGGGCCUCUUGCUGGGUCGCCCAUCAUCUCUGCCACCAGCACACUGGGCACACCCGUGCCAGCUGCCGCAGGGGCCCAGCAGUGACGGGCCCCCCCGCUGCCACCGGAUGCCAUUGCGACCACCUUGCUGCAAACUUCUUUUCCAAUUGGGUCGUUUGUCGAAGCAGCCUGGGAAUGUCGGCUCCUCCCUUCCCCACCGGCGUUCCCUUGCUUCUGUGAAUUUGAGUUUUUAAGUAAACCUGAAAUAAGAAUGAAGGUGAAUGUUUUUGUAUGUCUCAUACAGGUAUUACGUUUCACAGGCAACAUGCGUGUCAAAGGCACAUAUGUGCUGCAAAAUUAAAAUUGUAAGAUUGUGGGGUUUAAAACUGGCUAGAUUUUUAAUGUAGGUGAAACAGUAAAUGGGAAAUGACCUGCAGUCUAAAGGGAGAAAGAAAAUGGACCAAAACAUGCUGUAUACCUAUAAAUGGAGUGUUAAACACCACCUUCUACAACUCGUGCUGUUCCGUGACUGUACUUUUUACCAUCCCUGUUUGACAAUGUUCGACCUUUUAACCAAACCUUUCUACUCUCUGCUUUGAGCUGAGCGGCAGCCCACUGGCUGCAUGCUGAAGGGACGCGAUACUAAAGAUCAAAAACAUUUUUAUGUUGUUUUUCUUGGCCAAGGAUCCCACCUGUGGUGCUGGCAUGUGUGUUUUUUCAGUUCUACAAAAGCCCUGACACUGACAGUAUAUGCAGAUUGGAAAUAAACUCAUCACAUGAUUUACUGCCCUGUAUAUAUCACCUGUAUCAGCACAGCAAGAUGGAGAACCACAGCUAUAGUUUGUUCUGCCCAGGAUUCUCCAUCUAUGGAGGGCCGGUUGUAUGCAGGACUCUGCUCCAGCCACUUCUGAAAUGACUGAAUUAGCAGUGAAUUUGACAUUGCCCAGCAGACAUAAGGGCCUUUGAGAAUCUCUACUGAACCUUGCUGCUACAUUUUCAUUUCAAUUUCCCCCCACAGUUUUAUGUACAUUUGUGUGUGGUUUAAGUUACAGGUGGCACAAAUCCCCAGAAGCCAGCCUUGUUCAGUGGUUUCUUUUUGUCUUUCUUUUCUUUUUUUUUUUUUUUUAAAAACAAGAUGCUCUUAUUUUCUUGAAUUCAAGUAGAAUAACCAAAGUUUACUGAAUUACUUGUAAUGACUGACCAAUUUUUUGUUUUGUUUUGUUAGAGAUGGGUGGAGUGGUCUUAAAUACCUGCCUUUAAGAGCUAGGCAUGUGGUCUAGUGGACAAUACAUCACAUUACUCGGUGUUCCAGGCAAUCCAGACAUGAAAACUGUGUUCCCAAACAAACAGGACUCUUGAAUUAAAAUAGUAGCCCCCCCAUGCAGAAAUGUAAAACAUUGAGUUUUUAUGCAAAAGGUGUCUGAGGAUUGACUGAGUAGCAUACCAAUACCCUGUUAACCAGUUAAUUACCUUACUCAACACUUGGUUUUCGCUUUGUUAUAUUCUGUAAAAAUUAAAUGACAAUGGAAAAACUUGAAGGGUGGAACCUUACAUUAUAGUGCCAUUGAUAAGAACUUUGUCAGUUCAUGGUCUUGUAAACUUUGACCCAGGCUGUACGUAUGCAUUAAACUUUAGUUAAAAAAAAAACAAACUUAAAAUCCUGUAAUACAUGCACCGUUGGAGUGAAGUUGUUUAAAGACAUCACUGUAUAUAUUUGUCCUUAUGUGGAAAAGCAGUAUGUAAGAAUGUGUAAAUAAAUGUUUUAUUUAUCAAGAAUAAAUGUCCCACAUUA